ACAUCCAACAAGCUCAGAUCCAACACAUCAACCACAAGUGAACAUUUCAAAGAGUGAAUCAUCAUGAGAAGCAUUGUGAAGAAGAUGUGGUGCUGCGGAGCCAAGGGCUUCCGGACCUCGGACCCCGAGCCAGAAGUCGUCCCAGAAGGCCAUGUCAGGGUGUACGUCGGGAAGGACGAAGACAUCAUGUGUAAGUUCGAGAUGGAAGCCAACUACCUCAACCACCCUUUGUUCGAGAGCCUCCUUAGGUUGUCCAAGGAGGAGUUUGGCUACUCCUACGAGGGGGCGCUCAGGAUCGCUUGUGAGAUCGACCUCUUCCAGUACGUCGUGCACCUCCUCGAUACCAGCAAGCCGUCCGCCCACUACAUGGAGCUCGCCGACCUCAUGUCCAAGUUCUCCGGCACUAAAACCGGCCACCACCAGAAAGCAUCGAAUAAAGUCUGCAGCGUCACGACUUUUGGGCAGCUCCUCGCCGAACACAGCUAACAAAGUUGGAUCUGGCCGGACAUUUUUCAUUUGCCGAUACACGUUUUUCGGGUUUUAGAAACUAUUCUUUUUUCGGGCGAAGCCCAUGAUUUUAUGUGGGAUUCAGUCUCAUACACACACUGAAUGUAGAGAUACAUAGGCAUUAUUUCAGCAAUUAUAAGAUUCUUUUUCCUUUGUAAUUUUUUUUGGUGUGUAAGCUUACAGCGAAGAAUGACAUACACAAUCGAUUACAGAAGCUGAAACGAGAUGUUACAAUUAAUGAAUUUCUCUGUUUAGUUAAAUUGUAAUUUAUAUC